AGUGUUGCGCGCGCAGGUGAGUGCUACCACUCCAGGUCGUCGAGCUGCUGGUCUUUUUAACAAAAUGGAAAAAAUGUUUGUCAAGUUUGGAUUCUGCUUUCUUUCCCUGGCUCUCACAACAGGAUAUCCAGCUUAUUACAGCCCUGAAAUGGUUGACAGGGAUGAAAUACGGGGUUAUUUUAGUGACAUAAGUAACCAGGCUGAAGAGAAAAAUGAUAAGACUCCAUCUUCAGAAACAUUUAAGACAGAAUAUGGUGUAUGGAAAUCAAGCCUUGAAAACCUAAAUCUGUACAAGGAACAUAUCCAUCAAAGGCUGACACCUUUCACUAUUGAGCUCCACAACAAGUUGAUUUUAGACUCUGACAAGCUGCGUGCACAGAUAUCCAAGGAACUACGUGAACUUCAGGAGAAACUGUUUCCAUAUGUUGAUAAUGUUCACCAGAAAAUAUCACAAAAUGUUGCUGAAAUCCAGGAUCAUCUCACACCAUAUGUUAGUAAACUGAACACUGUUAUAAACCAGAAUGGUGAAGACAUUUGCAAGCAGUUCAACCUCUAUACCAAGGAACUAGAGAGCACAUUGCAAGAAGAAUACCACACAAAACUCCCUGGCAACAAUGAGGUUCUCCAGGGGAUUGUUCAAAUCAUAGAGAACAGCUAUCUAAGAGUAAAUCCUGUUUUUGAAGAGUUUAAGGAGAAAGCCAAACAGGCUUUUGCAGAAGCAAGAGAACAUGUCAUUUUCAGCAAUGAGGAUGAUCAUAAAGAAGUAGAAAGACAUACUGAUGAAUUGUUUCACCAGCUUGUGGAAAACUUGGAAGAUCUAAAAACGAAUGUUCAGAGAGGAAUGUCAACUACAUAUAUGUUUGCUUCGGAAGUCAAUAUAAAAAACAGAGAGAGUUCUGGUCAGCCUAACAGCAUUUACAAUGAUGGUGUUCUAAGGCUGAAAAGGGAGAAAAUAACCGAGUUCUGUGAAAAUUACUCAAAAUAUACUGAGCAGUUCAGGCAGAGGAUUGAGGAAAACUUUACUGAGUUGAAAUAUGGAAGAUCUCCUUAUUUUACUAAAGCAAAGGAAAAUGUACAUGCCUUACAAGGAGAUUUUUCUGCAAAGCUGAGUUCCUUAUUAGAUGACAUCCACCAAAACCUAAACUGAAACCAAUCUCAGGACUAUGUAAACAAAUCUCCGCAAUGAGCAAUUGUUUGUAUUUUCUUUUUGAUGCACUUAAGUAAAUUGGUAAACGCCAAUAAGUUGCAGGUCAAUUGCAUUUGAUUUCCUUAUUACUUCAUUUCUUCAGUUUCUUUUGUAUGUUUUGUAUUGUUGUACAUAAUAUAUUUAUUACAUUCCAUAUUUGCUUUAUGCAUUCAUGAAAGACGUUUGAGAAUUUUUGGGGUUAAUAAACAUUGGGAUUUUUAUUACAA